GAUGGCGAUAUCUGGGCAAGACUGAGCCAGCUUCUACAAUUAAUGACAGAGGCUGAGCGUAAACAGCAACUGAGCUCUAAAGCCGAAUUCGAGUCCUGGGCUUCUCGAGCGACGCGACUCCCAUCAACUAAAGCGCAAAGAUUUUGCACGCUUCUACAGCAUGCACUGAAGCCUGUAGUCGACAAGAUCUGCCGGACCCCCUGGGGUAGGGAGGUUCUGAAUGUUUCCACAUUGGAUCGAAUGGCAUCCACCCGAAUGGACGAGGUAAGCCGUCGAAACUAUGGAGACGUUCAAAAGUAUGGAAACCGUCGUGGGGUAUAACAAUCGGGAAAGAUUCAGCGCCGCAGACGUCGAACUCGUUGAAGCGGCACGCAUGGUUUUCAUGGAUUCCACCAAGCUGGCACACACCAUGUUUCCAGAUUUGUCGACUGUGAAAAUGCAAUUGGCGAAACAUAUUGCAAACGUGGGAUCGAGAUCCUACCGAAACCCUGAAAUAUUCAAGUACCUCAGCGACGAUGAGUAUGGGGGCGUCUACGACAAACUGGCAAAAGGCAACGUUCCACGCAUCUAUACGUUUGCGAAGCUCGCACGACUUGCCAAUAACGAGUACCACGCUGUUGCGAAAGUUUUCCAGCACAUAAUCAAAUGGGUUAAUCCAGCGUAUCAGCCCGCCGGAAACGCUUCGAAAUCUCGAAAACACGAACAGUGGAAGGAUCUUAUUCGCCCAUACUUGAAUAUGUCUCUCCCGACGAAGAAAUUUUUGAAUACGCAACUCGACGCAGCGGAUGACUUUAUUGUUCGAGUACUGAUCCACUUCACUGGUGAUGACCGAGACAUCUGGCUCGAAAAAUCCAUCGCAGCUUCUUAUGUAAGGAAAGUCUGACGCAUUCAUGAAAAACUGCUAAACUUUUAGAAUGAUCUUCCGGCAGAUUGGGAAAAAAAGGACCCAGACAAACGGCAGCAGACGAAGCUCUACCAACAGCGCUUCGAGCAUGUAAUUUGGGUUAAGCUUUUCCGCACGGUUCGGGAAAGAACCGUCGACAACGCGAUCAAAUAUUAUCUGGUGGAAGGAGUGGACGAGCAAUCCGGCGGGAAGCCGUGGACUGUAUG